AUGAUCUCUCAGCAGCAGCUCACGACCACCACGCAGCACCGCGCAAGCGAAACGCGCGCUGUUGCGCGACUUCCUUUCGUCGCUCACCGUACUCGACUGCCAACCUUCUUCUACCUUCUCUCCUUCUGCCCACCCGUACCCUCGCCUUUCACUCGCCCACGCGCUUUCUUCAAACAUCCUGGCGUCCUCUAUGUGAUUGGCUUCAUCGCGGCGCUCCUAGCAGGAUGCGGCUUGCCCUCUCUCGAUCUGCUCUACGGUGUCUACACCAACCGCAUCACUCCAAGUUCAUCCACCCCUGAGGACAUCCGCGCCGCUGCUUCCUACAUUGGCUGGAUCGUCACCAUCGUCGGCUUCAGCGAGUUCUUGCUAGCUUGGUGCUUUCUGGCGUGUUUCUCUACCGCCUCGCAUGAUCUGACGCAGCGACUGCGACAUACCUACGUCGCUUCCGUCUUGGCCCAGGAUGCCUCCCACUUCGACCUUCACGGUGCAGGUGAGAUCGCCAACCGCGCCAGUAAGGACAUCUCGGUCAUCCGGGCUGGCUUUGGUGAGAAGCUCGCCUACUUUUCGUGGUCUGGCGCCACUUUGAUCAUUUCGGCCAUUAUUGGUUUCAGCAAGGCACCUCGCAUCGCUGGCGUCCUCUUCGCGCUCCUACCGCUCACCAUGAUCAUCUUCUCCGUCCUGGGUAAGGCCACCGAAGUUGUUGGAGCGCCCGCCCUUCGCAUCGAGGGUCGAUCUUCCAGCUUCCUCGAACAGGUGCUCGGUUCGGUCCGUGUCGUCCAGUCCUUCGGCAUGGAAUCGCAGCUGCUCAGACGCUUCGACAGGGCUAUGCUCAAACCUCUCGAGAAGCUGGGCAUGCGCAAGGCCGCCAUUCGAGGUCUCGAGACCAGCGCAGUCUACUUCAUGCUCAAUGUCACCUACUCGCUCGCUUUCUGGUGGGGCUCCAUCAACAUCGUCGAAGGAAAGGUCCUCAUCGGUGAUCUGCUUACCACGUUCUGGAACUACCUCAACUCGCUCUUCUCACUGGCCAACAUCGUACCGCACAUUGCCGGUAUCUUCGACGCUUGGACCGCACUCAAGCAGGUUAGACGAGCUAUUGAGCGCGAGCCAAAGAUUGACAUUCGUCCAGAGGCAGGUCUCAUCCCUGUGUCAAGCGAAAAGGACUGGUCACCGAGCUUUGAGCUGGAUCGCGUCACCUUCUCCUAUCCCUCGAGAGCCAACGUUGCCAGCCUCAAGGACGUCUCGAUCCUGAUCCAGCCUGGCAAAGUCACCGCCCUCGUUGGUCCGUCGGGAUCUGGCAAGUCCACUAUCACCGGCCUUCUCCUUCGAGAGUACGAUCCCGAGACUGCCAACAUUCCUCAUCCUCAUGAUGCCGAAGAUGCCCUUGCGGCCGAGGAGGACAAGAGAUCCGACGCCAGUGAAUCGGAGGAGAAGACAGACAAGAAGGACAAGAAGUCUUCUUUCUUCUCCAAAAAGUCGAAGAAGGCGCCUUCUGAUAGCCUAGAUGUCGAAAAGUCCGACCCCAUCGCUGAUGUCAAGGGCCAAAUUCAGGGCUCUGGCAAGGUUUCGUUCGCAGGUCACGAUGUCCGUGACCUCAACGUCCGAUGGCUUCGAUCGCAGAUUGCCAUUGUGCAGCAACACCCGCAGCUUUUCACGGCCUCUGUCUUCGAAAACGUCGCGACAGGUCUCACCGGUACCGAGUGGGAGUAUCUUCCAGACAUCGAUGGCGAUUCGACCGCUCUGGGUCACGACGCUGCUCGAACUGCCAUCAUCCGCGAUAAGGUGCAGCGCGCCCUCGAAAAAGCCGAAGCCUGGACCUUCGUGUCCAACUUGCCCCAAGGCAUGGACACACCUAUCUCUGGUGGCCGCACCGGCCUGUUGUCAGGAGGUCAGCGUCAGCGUGUUGCCAUCGCUCGUGCCCUUGUGCGAGAGCCUCGCCUUCUGUGCCUCGAUGAAGGCACUUCCGCUUUGGACUCCGACACCGAGAGCAAGAUCAAGCUGGCACUGCAGCGAGAGCAGGAAGAGCGUGGCAUGACCACCAUCCUCAUCGCUCAUCGUCUGAGCACCAUUGAGCACGCCGACAACAUCAUCGUCCUCAAGAAUGGCAGAGUCAUCGAGCAGGGUGAUCACGACUCGCUCAUGCAAAAGAAGACGACCAGCGAUGGUGGUCUCUACCGCAGCAUGGUCAUGCAGCAGAGGCAUCUCGCCGAGUACGAGGCCGACAGCGGCGACGAGGACAAGAAGGCUGAUGUUCGGAAGGGAAGUAAGCGUCCGACCUUGGCUUCCACACCGGCCUCCCAAUCGUCCACCGACUCUUCGGAAGUCGUUUCGGACAUGAGCGAGCAGGGUAAAAGCCCCGAGGAGGAAGAUCGAGCUAGAUCUUUGUAUGCCAUGUCAGACGACACGAGGACUCGUGUCGACGGCGCCUCGACAAUCAGGUCCGCCUCCAUCGUUCCAGAAGGGCCCCGUUCUCCUGCCAACAACCGUCCGAGUCUUGUGGAGCGUCAGCGCAGCAGUCGCACCUGGGACAAGCCCUACCGCACCUACUCGGGGCGCACUAGCACAGCUGUGGGUCAGCACGAACACAUCCAAGAAUCAAACACAGGUGCAUCGCACGUCGAGGCUGCGCUCCCUACCAACACUGCUGCCACUGUGCCAAAGCAGAUCGACAUCGAAGACGAGAAGAGUCUUUCGAGCCGUGCGCCAAGCGAACCUCGCAGCAAAGCAGUCCGCAAGGAGGAGAAACGCCGUCUCCGCAAGACCUUCGUUCGCUAUCUCAACGAUCAAAAGCUCUGGUUCGCUAUCGGUGCUGUGGGAGCUGCCGCGACUGGCGCAAGUUUCCCCAUCGCCGGCUGGCUGACCGGAGGCGUCGUCAACUCGCUCUCGAUUGAAGGCGACGACGCGAGGCUUCGACGCGAAGUCAACCGCUGGGCGCUGUGGUUCCUCAUCUUGGCCCUCGCCGAUCUCGUCAUUGUCAUGAUUGGCAGCUUUUUCCUCGAAACAGCAUCAGAGCACGUCAUGAGGAAGCUCAAGAAGGAAGGCUUCUCUUCGCUCAUUCGACAAGAGAUCGGCUUCUUUGACGCAGAGGAGCAUGCAAGCGGUGCGAUGAGCGCAGCUGUCUCGAGUCACCCCGCCAACGUCGCCGCCGCGACGGGUCUGGUGCUCGCUCAAGUCAUCAUCGGCUCGAUCAACUUGAUUGGCUCCGUUAUCCUCGGUCUCGUGCUCUCUUGGAAGACCUCUGUCGUCUGUCUUGCCCCGAUUUUCGUGCUUUUCAUCUCGGGCUGGCUCAACAUCGCCAUGCUGGAGAAAUACGAAGCCGUGGCGCAGAAGCCGGCCGACCGGGCUGCUUCUUACGUCUCUGAGAAUGUCGAUGCCAUCAAGACGGUGGUUGCGCUCGGCCGCGAGGCAGAGACGAUGCGGGUGUUUGACGAACGUGGACGCGCCGAUCCGAAACGCAUGCGAUACCUCAUCUUUGGUGCUGGCGGCUUUGGCGUCUCACAAGGCAUGAUUCUGCUUCUCGCUGCGCUUGUCUUUUACUGGGGUGGCGUUCUGCACAGCAGGGACGAGGUCAACAUCACCGCACUCUAUGCCACUUUCGAGGCCGUCUUCAUCUCUGCUUUCUCCGCCGGACGCCUCUUCACGUUCGUACCUGAUUACGGCCGAGCUACCAACUCCUUCAAGACCAUCUCGGGCUGGCUCAAUCGCAAGCCUUUGGUCGCCGACACCACAGGUAUGCCCGCGCUCGACGAGGCCUCCCGCGCCAAGGUGCAAGAUGGCAGCUAUGCGACGGGUGACAUCACGCUCAACACCAUCGAGCUCCGCUAUCCUCGUCGACCUCACCAUCCAGCGCUCAAGGAUCUCAGCAUCACCAUUCCUGCCGGCAAGAGUGUCGCCUUCUGCGGUACCUCUGGCUCUGGAAAGAGCUCUAUCCUUGCUCUGCUGCAGCGGUUCUACGACCCUUGUCACGGCAACAUCGAGUUCGGCGGCGUCGACGUGCGCCAGGUGCCCAUCGAAUUGCUGCGUCAGCAGAUGGCCUAUGUCUCGCAGGACCCGAUCUUGUACGAAGGCACGAUCCGCUGGAAUCUCUCGCUCGGCUCCAACGAUCCCGACUCGGUCACGCAGCAGGAGCUCGAGAAGGCGUGCGAGGAUGCCUACAUCCUCGACUUUGUCCGCGGCCUUCCGAACGGGUUUGACACGGAGAUCGGAUUCAAGGGCUCGCAGCUUUCGGGUGGUCAGAAGCAGCGUCUCUGCAUCGCCCGAGCGCUCCUGCGCAACCCCAAGAUCCUGCUCCUCGACGAGGCGACAUCAGCCCUCGACGCCGAGUCCGAGAUCCAGGUCCAGCGCGCGCUCGACCGUGCUUCGCUCGGCAGGACGACUGUGACCAUCGCACACAGACUGAGCAGUCUCAGGAAGUGCGACUGGAUCUUUGUGGUCGAAGACGGCAAGAUCCGUGAGAGCGGAAAACAUGCCGACCUCAUCGCUCGAGGAGGCCGGUACCGCGAGCUCAUGGAGCAGCAACUCUAG